GGAGCUUCCAAGUUGGCCGCGCCAGCGCCACGUCAUUUUGACCUUCCAUCACCCAACCCCAGCACUAGGUCAAACGUUGGUCAAGUCGCUCGCUUGCCUUCUCGUCGUCAUGGACGAUGAAGCCUUUCCCUCUUUUUAUAAUCUGGCCUUGUUCCCCAGCCGACACCUGGACUUGCAUCUACCAGAAACCUAACUAGAACUUCUUUCCACCUCCCCUCUCACUACUUCGUGCUUUGAUGUUCUCGGGUCAAUUCGUCAUGGGCAAAUCCACUGGCUUUCUAUUGGUUGCAACAUGUCUCCUCUCCUCAAUACAUUCAACCUGGGCCAGCCCUGCCCCUGGAGUUGUUGGCUACAACUUUGAAAGACGACUUGUAGAUGUCUCCAAGGCUCCACAUCUUGCACGCCGUCAAUCUGGCACCGUCCUCUCUAGCCUGACAAAUGAGAUUCUGUUGUACUUCAUCAACGUCACGGUAGGCACCCCUCCACAGCCCUUCUCUCUUCAGCUCGAUACUGGCUCUUCCGAUCUCUGGUUUCCCGCCGACAAUGCCAAUGUCUGCCAGCAAAACAUGAACAACUGCCCUGUUGGAACCUACGAUGCCUCGGCCUCAUCAACCUUUGAGCAGCUUGACCUUCCAGACUUUCAAAUCUCAUACGUCGAUGGCACUCAGAUUGCCGGCGUCUACCUUUCAGACGUCCUCAAUAUUGGCGACACGAAGCUCACCAACAUGACCAUGGCUGCAGCUCUGGAAGCCAAUACUCGUGGAGUCGGCGUCAUGGGUGUCGGGUUCCAGUCUGGCGAGAGUUCUGCAUUCAUUCAGAACAAUUUUACCUAUCCCAAUGUCAUCAAUGUCCUCAAAGACCAGGGUCACAUCAAUGCCCUCGCCUACUCUCUGUGGUUGGAUGACUUGGAAUCCUCCACAGGCUCCAUCUUGUUCGGAGGAAUUGACACCAACAAGUUCCAGGGUGAGCUCAUCUCCCUUCCCGUCCAAAUCGAUAGUCGGAGUGGAGGGGUCACAUCCUUCACCGUCGCUUGGACGGGGCUCGUCGCCUCAGGAGGUGGCCAAGUAACGGACCUGUCCCCCCAAGAACCUCAACCCGCCAUUCUCGAUUGUGGUUCCACCUUGACGCUCUUGCCCGACGAUAUUAUCGACAACAUCUUCAAUGGCGUUGGUGUCUUGACCGAUCCCUCAUACGGAAAUGUCGUUCGCUGCUCACUCGCCGACGACGACCUGACCUUUUCCUUCCGUUUUGGAGGACAGAAUGGACCCAUUGUCAACGUCAGUCUGUCCGAGUAUGUGACUCCACUUCUGACCACGAACGGCGCCCAACCUACAUUUGACAAUGGUGAUCCAGCAUGUACAUUUGCCAUGCGAGCCGCUGGCAGCGAUCCUCUCCUCUUUGGCGAUUCGUUCCUGCGCAGUGCAUAUGUCGUUUAUGACCUGGAGAACCAGCAAGUUGCCAUUGCUCAGACCAAUUUCGACGCAGAGCCCCAGAACCAAAAUGUGCAGGCCAUCCAGUCCAAUGGCGGCAUCCCCGGUGUCUCAUCUACUGCCUCAGCGGCAACCGUCGCCCAGACCUUCUCUGGCAUCCCCGAUAUCACGGAAGCGACGGCCACGGCUACGGGUAGCCUUGCGGGUGGGACCUCAAGAAGCGCUACCUUCAAUCUCACUCCGACGACCGGCUCUGGAGCCUCGAGUACCGGCAGUGGGUCUGGAAGUUCCAAGACGAGCAACGCAGCCAGGUCCAAUAUGAGAAGCUUCGACGACACGACACAUGUUCUUGGUCUGGUCGCUUUACUGUUUUCUUGUAUGGUCCUAGGCGGCUCUUUUGUGCUGUUGUAGGCCAUCAUUGCUCUCUUUGAUAUGUGCACAACACAGUUUGUGUCUUUCAGGGUUCUGGUAUUUGAAGCGAAAACGCAUGUACAAGUCUUUAUUUUGGUAAAAUUUCAGGCAUCUCUUUUGACGAAUGAAAUGUUUAUCAUGGGAAGAGAAUGGGAGCAUCUAUAGGCCCAGACGGCUGGAGUCUUCGUGGAGAAAAGUACAAUUUCCACAGGUCAGUAGCAGUUAUAGAUGUAAUCCUAGAUGGUGACUUGUCAUAACUCUGACAAGUCCUCGCUGUGGAACGUCAUCAGGCCUGAUGACAGACACGAUGCGUAUAAAAUCAAAGUCCAUCGCUCCCAAAAGAAAGCCAAUAGCCUUGACUCGCCCAUACUUGGAUCAGUGGCAGAUUGGCAUAACACAUCAGCUUACUCGUUGACCGUUUCCAACGGCGAAUGAGGAAAAGGAAACUCGGCGGCCGAUGUAAACGACGCACCAGUCAAGAUGGCGCCUGAGCCGCUCAAGUCGUCGGUGCCGCUCGAGCCAACACUCAACCAAGGC